AUGGCCAACCCUAGAAAGCUUCUUCACUCUUUCUAUAUACUUCUCAUGAUUUUCAGCAUCCCUUCGGAGUCGACAUAUGCUCGACCGUUGAUCAGGAAUCUAAGAACACUUGAUUUCAUCAAAUUAGCCAAAAUGUUACCUCAAGAAAAGAAUAAUGCGAAUCGGAGGGGUGAAAGUUCCACGAUCACGCAAGCUCGUAAUGAUCCAACGGUGGUAAAUGUCGACGCUAGUCGCAGAAUUUAUAAGCUUGGACCGGCAUUGGGGCCAUCUCUCAUGAACAUGUUGCCUAAAGGAAAUAUUCAUGUGUCCGGCCCGAGCAAGAGAAUCAACGACAUCAACAAUUAG